GGCGUCCGCUCCCCGCGAACCAUGGAGCCCCGCGCCGCGCGCCCCGCGCUGCUGGGCGGCCUGUGCCUGGCGCUGCUGCUCCUGGCCGGGGCCCGCGAGCCCGCCAGCGGUGACCAUGAGUGGAAAAAGCUGAUCCUGGUUCAGCACUGGCCGGUGACCGUGUGCGAGGAAGUCAACGACUGCAGAGAACCCCCCGACUACUGGACCAUCCACGGACUAUGGCCUGACAAAGGCGGAGAGUGUAACCGGUCGUGGCACUUCAACCUGGACGAGAUCAAGGAUCUGCUGGGAGAGAUGAAGAUGUACUGGCCGGACGUCAUUCACUCCUCCCCCAACCGCACCCAGUUCUGGAAGCACGAGUGGGAGAAGCACGGCACCUGCGCGGCCCAGCUGGAGGCCCUCAACUCCCAGAGGAAGUACUUCGGGACCAGUCUGGCCCUGUACAAGCAGCUGGACCUCAACAGUAAGCUCCUGAAACUGGGGAUAAAGCCAUCUAUCAAUUACUACCACCUUUCAGAUUUUCACGAUGCCCUUACCCGAGUGUAUGGCGUGGUCCCCAAAAUCCAGUGCCUUCCGCCAGAGCAGGACGAGCAGGUGCAGACCAUCGGGCAGAUCGAGCUGUGCCUCACCAAGGAGGACCUGCACCUGCGCAACUGCACGGAGCCGGGGGAGCCGCCGCCCGCCAAGCGGGGGCCCUGGGCCGCGGCCGCGCGGGGGCUGUCCGUCUGUGAAUCCGGCCCCGUCUUCUACCCCCCGCCCCCAAAGCACUGACGCCCACUCCCCAGAAAUGUUUUAGAAGAGAAGGCCCCAUGCCACUGCUUCCUGAACCCGCGUCUCUCACUUCCCUUCGUGCAGAGCCUCUCAGUCCCCGGCUGACCUUGGCGUCUGCAGAAAGAGCUCCAGCCUGGCGCUCCGGCCCUGUGGCUGUGGCGAGGCCCCGGCCCCCUUUCUGCCGGUGGAGCACCUGCGGCAUCUCCGGAGAUGCUCUUGGGGUGGUGGCAGGGGAGCCUGGCAGGUUCUUACCUGGAUGACGUGCGGACCCGCCAUUGUCUGUCAGUGGGCACCGAGUAAGCCACUCCUAAUCAGCGGUCACUCUGCCUUAGCAUCGGCCUCUGAUCCCAGCAUGGCUGGCCAGGGGCUUCGACUCUGUGCCCCCUGCCCUCCCAGCCUCCCCUCCAGGCACGACGGGCGGCUCAGGGCUCCACACCUGCUGCUGUGGGGUGUUCGUUCAAUCAAGGCACUUUUCAGCCCUCCUGUAGGCGCUGGGGGUGCAGCCCAGGGCAGUUGGGGCUGGCGGUGUGUGCGGCGGGUUAAACUGCCCCUUGUGGCUGGCACCUUGUAUCAGGGCGCCGGUUCAGGCCCCGGCUGCUCCGCUCCUGAUCCAGCGCCCUGCUGAUGCACCUGGGGAAGUACUCACGUACUUGGGCCCCUGCCACCCACGUGGAAGGAGUCCUGGCUCCUGGAGUUGGCCUCGCCCAGCUGUGACCACUGUGGCCAUUUGGGGAGUGAACCAGUGGCUAAAGAUCUCUUUCUCUGUCCGUCUCUCCCCUGUCAUUCUGCCUUUCAAAUAAAUAAAUCUUUAAAAAUUC